GUAGUAAACAAAAUGGCGGACAACGAAAUCAGUGGAAAGCGCAAGCGUUCGAAAGCAUUUUACGUGGGACAAAAAAGAAGGGUUAGUCCAUUACUCACUUGCUUUAAAAGUAAUAACUUUUUCGUCUUGAAAAUUAGUUUGAAGCCCCCAUUUAUUUGCGCAUUUUUCAGAAAAAAGGACAAGAACUUCUUGCGCCAGGAAUGAAAGGAGUGCUUGUCACGUGUAACCAACGGGAGAAAUUGUGCGUCCGAGAAGCGUACAACCUCCUCAACGAGGUAAAGUUUUAUUUAAUUUUUAUGGUCUUUAGUGUAGGAAGUGACCUACUCAAUACCAGGCCCAGAACGGGGUGCUUUGUCUUUAAAGUUUUGGGGGCUCAACUCCGAAAUAGACCAUUUUGGGUGUACCUCGGUGUAAAAACCUGUAAAGUUUUCCUUUGUUUUCUAGCUAUUAUUUUCCUUGCCUCUAUUGUGUUGACUUCUUAGUGGCUUCUUUGAAUUCAUUGUUUUACGUCACUCGUGAGUAUCACAGAUUUUUACACCAAGCAACCAUUUUGUAGUUGUAGACUUAGUAUCCUAGCAUUUGAGUGAAUGUGAGGCUGACGUUGACCUUGUUUUGACACAAACUUCCUUCCCUUUUUAAUGGAAAUUAUGCUUGAAAAAUACCAGUAAAGUUAAGAACAACAUGAUUUACAUAAUAAAGCUGGAGGGGUUGUAUCCAAACAAUGUCAACUCCAGCCUCAUUUCCACGCGUAACUGUAAAAUGUGUUAUUCCUUCCUUCGGUGUGGCUGGCCAGUCAAUGUGCUACCUUGAUCUAGAUGGUAUGGUGACAAUGGGCCCUUUGCAGCUGGUCAUUAUAUUCAUGUGGUGCAAAACCGGCUUAACUGCAGAAUACCCUGCCACUUAAAAGCAGCCCUAAAGAUAGGUGGAUGCGCGGAUACUCAGACACUACGUAUUGGUGUAUCCACAAAGUAAAUAUGUUUUCAAUAAUAGUCAGUGCGUAUCUGCAUAUCUGCGUACCCACUUUGAUAUACAGUUGAGAAUCAACCUGGGCUAAAAACAUUUAACCUGAAUUUAAUUUUGACCUGUAACAUCAAGUUCACAAUUCACAUGUUUACUAAUCAAAGGUCAAAUGGCUACGCAUCAUUUUUGAUAUAGUUUGCUGCCUAACUUGGAAAUGAACCCUACAGACUGAUGCUCCACAAAAUUUUUGGAGGAUGAAUUUCAAGAAAGCAUGAAAAAUCAAUUGUCAACUCAUGAGGUUAAGUCAACCCCCCCCCAGAUAUAAGCCCCCCUCUAUCUUGUAUUUAAAUUAAAUAAAUUUGAUUUUUUUACAAUGUUUUAGAGCUUUAAAAAGGAGUACAUUCAAAAAGUAUUUUGAUCACUACUGCUAUAUAACUUGUUUUGAAACACUUUUUUGUCACCUACUUUACAAGCCCUCAGAAACCCUUGUAUAAGCGAAGGGCUUGCAAACAAAAGUUUGCAGUAGGCCAUUUCUGAGCUCCAAAAUGAGGCUAAAUGCAAACUGUUUGUUGUGAAAAUGAGUUUCAUUUGCAUGGACAUAAAAAAUCAUUUUCAUAUCAGUAGCUUUGGCACUUAUAGCCUUGCUUUGAAACAGAGGCCUGGGGCAACUCGGAAAUGGCCUUCAUUGUAAUUCUGUUUAUUAUGGUAAUAACUUUCAGUAUGCAGAUCAGUUAUAUGGACCUGAGCACAAUCGGCAGGGGGAUCAUCCUAAUAAUUCAAGUGAUGAUGACGAUGAUGAUGAUGUGGAAAAUGCCCUGGCUAAAGAGGUUGAGGAAUUAAAGGGAACAGUACAAGAAAAAAGAUUUCAGGCUGUUUUAAGUGGAGCAAAUAAUGUUAUAUUUAUCAAAACAAACCUGCCAGAUUCAAAGGACCCAACAGAUUUGGUGCAUACUAUUUUAAUGGACAUGCUGAAGACUGGAUGUAAGAAAACUAGGUAAUGUCAAACAAUAAUUGUUGGAUUUUUAUUCUUGGAAGAGAAAAGUAACAGAUGGAGCGGGGGCAUACUGUAUUGUGUUGCAUUCUGUGUUUUCUUUGUCACGUCAUCAAAUAUAAAAAUGCAAACCAGUCAAUACAGAGAGUUCAGAAUCUGGGAAAUGAAAGAAAAUAAAUAUAGAAAAAGCCUUGCCAAGAAUCAGGUCUGUGCCGCAAUUCAUAUGCGAGAUAUUCGGAGAAACAGUAAUGUUUUUAACCCACAUAAGAGCUUUCCCGGCCGCCAGCUAAAUGUCACUUCACACAAAAGCUUGGAAAUUCAAGCAUCUUCUAUCACAAGACGAAGAACCCACUGGAACCGAAAAUUUGUGUAAAUAAAAGUUUUAAGGUGCUGUAAUACCUCAUGAAAGUAGAAACUCAGAAGAAUCUAUAGUUCUUAGUUAGAAUUUUAGUAAUGUCAUGUGAAAUCCCCUAAUAAGGAGCCCAUAAGCCUGGACCUAACAACUACCUUGUACCCAUGUGACAGCUAUUUUACUGACCAGUUUAUUGUUAGAACAAUUUGGCACAAAAUUAUAGUAUUCUCUGGGUCCACAAACCUUUAUAAAAUGUGCCCUAACAUGUAUAUAAAAACAAACCAGUCCAUGGAAACCCCUCUCCCCUUUAAAAUUAGCUAUGUCAAUUGUUAGGUGUGACUUUAAUUCACUCACUUGUCAUUGUCCAGAGAUUGUGCUUUGGGUCGGAGAAAAUUAGGGAUGGAUAGAUAUUAAUUAAGUCUGAGAGGAAUUACACAUCUUAGAAUAAUAAAUUUGCUUCUGUGAACAAUUUAAAACGAUAUAAUAUAAUAUAAAAGUUUGACAUUUGAUUCCAGCUAACAGUGCUGAAACAUUAAAUUUUGAGUGAAAUUAGUCAUUCACUUAAUUGUGAGAAUAAGCAUUCCAGAUUUCUGUUUGGUUUUUAACUGUUAUCAAUAACUCUUUCUCCUUUUUCAGACAUUGUCAAAGGUUUCUUCCCAUAGCUGGCUCUUGCCAUGCUACCAACGAGGAUAUAAAAAAGCUUUCAUCAGAAUUGUUCAAGUCAACAUUUUUUACUGAAGAUGCUAAGCCAUCGAAGGUAGGAAGAGUAUUUGUUACUAAUUCACAAAAAUGUUAUUUAGUAGGCAUCAGUUACUGGAAAAAACAGACAGGCCUCCUUAAGUUAUGUUUGUUUGUUUGUUUUUUCGUACACAUUUGAUUUAACUGAGGAACUAGCUGGGGCUUUUGCUCACAGUAGCUCUUUUAAUCGCCAUCCCUUGCCCCUUUGUGACAUGCUUUGAACCUUCAGAAUUUCAUAGUAUUGGAAACUAGCCUGCAUUGCAGCCGGACUUGUCACCCAAGACCCAGAUAGACAAAUAAUUCAAAUUAAACUUAACAGGGUUAAGAAUCCCAACUGGCCAGUGGCAAACCAGUUGGCUAUUUACAAGCAUGAACCUCAGGACUACCGUGAACAAAUCCAGCUAGAGGUCAGAGCGGGACUUGAAGUUGGGGCCUCCGAAUUGCAAGUUCAGUGCUCUAACCACUCAGCCACGCUACCUCCUGCUUCCUGCUGCCUCCCUGUAGUGCAAAGUCAGAGCGCUGAAAGAGGGAAAGCUCAACGUCUGUUUGCCAUUUUUGACACCCACAGUGUUAAUGUUCUUUUCACCUAAAGUCAAUAAUAUUAGUGCAGCAAUUUAUAAGUGAAUGUCAUCUGAGCUCUGUGCUGGUUUGCAGUUUUGCAUUAUCUACAGAUCCAGGAACAACAGUAAUGUGGACAGAGAUGAAACCAUAGCAAUGUUAGCAGGUCUUGUAAUGAGUGCUGGGAAGGGUCAUAAAGUUGACCUUAAUAACCCUGAUCUAGCAAUCUGUGUGGAGAUCAUCAAGGUAAAUGUUAACCAAUAUGCCCACACUAUAAUUGGUCAAAAUGUCUCCAGUGGAUUUCAUUAAAACUCCUGUCCUACAUCAAGUGCAUGCUUCGUUAAAUAAUGAUAUCAUUAAUAAUUAAUUUUUGUAACAACAAUAUUAUUAUUCUGAGAACAUACAAAUAGAUCAUUCUGUAAAGAAAAAACUACCUUGUUCUUCCUGUGUUGAUGAGUGACAUAAGCUCUUAGGGAAUUGUUAAGAACGUUAUUUUUAGACGUGGAAGAACUUACCAUUUCCAUGUGCUAAUGUGCUAAUGUAAGCAACAUGGUAUAUAUGCAGUCAGGUCAUUUUUUUAUCACUGUUAAUGAAAUAAUAACAUUGGACAGCAAUAGGAUCAUAAUGCCUCAAUCCCCUAACUUUCUUUAGUUCCAGAACAUUUAUUGAUUUAUUAAUUUUUUGAGAAAUCGACCUUUCAAAGAAUAUUUCUAAGUGUACACUUUCACAACAAAUACCCAACUAAUAGUAACAGCCUUCCCAGUGAAACCUUUAUAUUGAUUUAGCCUGAAAGUACCAGGGCCCACUAAAUUAUUGGUCCCUUCAAAAGUAAGAGCAAGCGGAGAAAUAGCCCCUCAAUGUAAUGAUCCCAGAAAGUAACCUUACAUUUUUGUUCUUUUGUACCAAAAGUAACUGACUGUCCCAUUAAGUAAUGAGGCUUAAACCUCAACCCGAACCUUACAAAAGUUACCCAAAGUUUAACACUUCCUUAGCCCUUUCUACACAACAUUUUUUUGUCUUUUUUCUGAUCCUUUUUGUUGGUUUCUUGAUGUUGUCACAAGAAUUAUUGUGAUUUUUGCUUUUUUCACUAGAAUGUCUGUUGCAUGAGUGUGGUGAAAGAUUUCUUCAAACUGAGAAAGUACAACAUUCAUGAAGUAAAUGAGCAAAUCCACAAAUCCCAAAAAAAUUCCAAAAUUGAAGAUGGCAAAGUAAAUAAUGAAGCAACUGAACCAGAAGAUAGAACUGCCAGUAAAGACGAUACUCAUAGUACAACAGUCGACAAUCCUGCAUGUACACGAGACAAUACAGAGUCCCAAGAAAAUUCUGGUGAACUUUUAAACCAAAAUUCCAGCCACGUCAGCUCAGUUACCAAAGAGCCAAAAGAUGAAGGAGAAAGUCAAAACUGCCAGGAUAACAAUCUGGUCAAGUGAAUUUUGACACACACAG